GUCAGUUUUGCGUGCUGUCAGCUAUUGGCGAAUAUGAAGAGCUUAGAGCAGAAAAUAAGAAAACGAAAGAGGAGUGUGACAAAAUCAAGCAAGAACGAGAUGAGGCUGUCAAAAAACUGGAGGAGUUUCAGAAGAUUUCUCACAUGGUUAUUGAGGAAGUAAACUGUAUUCAGAAUCAUCUUGAAAUUGAGAAGACAUGCCGUGAAAGUGCUGAGGCUUUGGCUUCUAAGCUGAAUAAAGAAAAUAAGACCUUGAAACGAAUUAGUAUGCUUUAUAUGGCAAAACUGGGCCCAGAAAUUAUCACUGAAGAGAUUAACAUUGAUGAGGAUGAUCCAUCCACAGAUACGGAAGCAAACUCUGGAUCGUGCAAUUCUGUGCAUUGUCAACAGCAAAUAAAAGAGCUGCGAGAGCAAAUCAUAUCUGUUCAUGAGGAAAAGAAGACCUUAGCCAUUGAACUGGAAAACCUGAGGUGCAAACUUGUAGAAGUAAUUGAAGAAGUGAAUAAAGUGAAAGAAGAAAAGGCUGCUUUGACAACAGAAGUUAAUAAACAGCAAAAACUGUUGGAAAAAUGUAACAGAGUGUCCGUGCUAGCAGUAGAGGAGUAUGAAGAGCUUCAUGUAAACUUUGAACUGGAAAAGAACCUACGGAAGAAAGCAGAAUCAUUUGCCCAAGAGAUGUUUAUUGAACAAAACAAGAUGAAAAGGCAAAGCCAGCUGCUUCUGCAAAAUUCUGCUCCUGAUCAGCAACUUUUGAAGGCUUUGGAUGACAAUGCAAAGCUAACCCAUACAUUAGAAGAAGAGAGGCUUCAACAUCAAAAAAAGGUCAAAGAAUUAGAAGAGCAGCUAGAAAACCAAGCACUGCAUAAGGAGAUUAGUCGUCUUAAACAGCAGCUGGAACUCUUAGAAGAAGAUAAAAAGGAACUAGAGCUUAAGUGUCAAAACUCUGAAGAAAAAGCAAGGGACCUAAAGCAUACAGUUGAUGAACUUCAGAAACGAAUACACCAAUCUGAAAAUCCUGCACCUCCUCCUCCUCCACCACCACCACCUCCUCUCCCUCCUCCGCCUCCUCCUAACCCUAUACGGUAAGUGCUGAAAUCAAGAGU